CAACCAAUUCGCCGUAAACAGGGUUGAAACACCACUUUUUAAAAAUCACAUAUUAAUUUAUGAUUUAACUGAAAAUAAUUAUAUAUAAAUUUGUAUAUAGUGUGCGAACGAGGUGUAAAUUAUAAUUUACAAAUUAAUAAUUAAAAUUAAUGUUACUUGUCAAAUGCAUAAUAAGUAUUUUCUCAAUAAAUACAAAAUUUCACUCUGGUAGCACCAAAUGCCUUCACCACUAGAAGAAGGCAACAAAUUCGUCAUAGGUGCUAUCUUAUCACUGUACAAUUUUUAAUUGAAGUAAUUGGUAUUCCCCAAGAGUUUUGUGUGCUUCAGACUACACUAUUAAAGUUGAAAUAUUUAAACUAUUAAAAUGCUACAAAAUAUAAUUGAUUUCUGCAACUAUUGGUGGUUUCGAUAUCUUAUGGUCACUGAGCUGUACAUGGUCGAAAAGUGGGAACGUGUGACAAUUCAUGUGAUAUUUGCUGUACUGUUUUGUCUUUUUUGGUACUUUAAUUACUCGGUCCUUUUAUCGUUCACGGGAAAUAUACUUGGUAUUACACCCGUAUCCACCAUUAUUGAUCAGCAGAGUAGCAAAAUCGCAUAACUAUAGUGGUAUAGUGAUUGUAUUGUUUGGUAGCCGGUAGAAACUGGAACAAUCACAUGUGGCGAGGUGGAAAUUUCAAUAUAUAAAAAAGUCAUUAUAAGUGCAUUAAAGUGAAAAUAAAUAUUUCUACACAAUUCUACUGUAAGUUACACAUCGGAAAAAAUAUUUAACUGUUAACGAGUCGCAGCAAGUAACAAAAUGUAGUAACACCAGAAUAUGAAAAAUGUCCUUUAAAAGUGUAAUAAUACGUCGAUAGUGAACUAAUUUCAGAAACGCUUAGCACUUAGUACUGCAAAAAUAUUUAACAGCGAACAAAUAUCUUUGUUAUAUUUAUUUUUAAAUAAUCAAUAUUUAAUACAUGAAAAGGUUAUAGAGUUUAAAAAAAUAACAUGCAAAUGCUAAUUGUUAGAUAUUUCAAAACAGAAAGUUUAAUAUUUUUGUCCACACCUAAACUUUACACUUAAAUAGAUACAUUACAUAUGUAAUUUAGUUUAAGCAAACAAUUUCCAAAUUCAACAAAAAACAAAUAAAACAAGUAUUAAAAACGUAUUUGUCCAAAGUUUGCCAUGGUCAAUAUGGGCUUCAUCCGUAAAUUGUAUAGAACUAAACAUAAGACACUCACUGCACUUUUUUAUACUUGUAUAUGGAUUCAUCAUCAUUUCAAUCCCAUUUAUUUCUUAAUACAAUCUAAACAUCUUCAUAUAUUAAACUAAGUUCGUACAUGUAUUUAAGUACAUUAUACACGUUUUAAGAGUAAAACUUCUGGCAGAUAAAUUUUUGUGAGCUUCUUCUCUACAAA